AUGGAAGAGGCGGAGGAGAGCACCGGGAAAAGUAGCUUCCAUAAGAACGUCGCCGCUGACCGUUACAGAUAUCUCUCCAAUUACGGUGGAAGCUCCGUACGGCGUUUUAUGUUCUUUGCUUCAUGUUUUGUUCUGUACGCUUUGGUGGCCGCGACGUACGCGUGGCUAGCGUUUCCACCGCAUAUAGGACGUACGGAUCAUGUAUCUUCGUUAGGUUGUAGAGAGGACAAUGAGGGUUCUUGGUCCAUUGGUGUUUACUAUGGUGAUUCUCCCUUCACUCUCAAACCUAUUGAAACCGUUAAUGUAUGGAGGAACGAGAGUGCAGCAUGGCCUGUGGCUAACCCUGUUUUAACAUGUGCCUCUUUGACCAAUUCUGGUUUCCCAAGCAACUUUGUAGCUGAUCCCUUUCUCUAUGUUCAGGGUGAUACUCUUUACCUCUUCUUUGAGAAUAAAAACCCCAUCACAUUGCAAGGGGAUAUAGGAGUGGCUGAGAGUACUGACAAAGGAGCAACUUGGAAGCCUCUUGGUAUAGCUUUGGAUGAGGCUUGGCACUUAUCUUUCCCAUUCGUCUUCAAUUACAAAGGAGAAAUAUACAUGAUGCCAGAGAGCAACCAGAUAGGAGAGCUACGUCUCUACCGUGCUGUCAACUUCCCUUUAACUUGGAAGCUGGAGAAAGUCAUCUUACAAAAGCCUCUUGUUGAUUCCACCAUAAUCCAUCACCAAGGAAACUACUGGCUAUUCGGAUCAGAUCACAGUAGCUUUGGGGCCAAGAAGAAUGGCCAGCUUGAAAUUUGGUACAGUCACACUCCUCUCGGCCCAUGGAAACCACACAAGAAGAAUCCUAUCUACAACGGUAAAAGAAACGUUGGUGCAAGAAACGGAGGCAGACCGUUCUUACACGAUGGGAAUCUCUAUCGUGUUGGUCAAGAUUGUGGCGAGAAUUAUGGGAAAAGGAUACGCAUUUUUAAAAUAGAGACUCUUUCUAAAGAAGAGUACAGAGAAGUCCAAGUCUCAUUUGAUAUAGAAGUGUCUCAUAAAGGUAAAAACUCUUGGAACGGACUUAGGCAGCAUCAUUUCGUAGUAAAACAGCUAAGUUCUGGUGGAUACAUUGGUCUUAUUGAUGGUGACCGAGUAACUUCAGGAGAUCUAUUUCACCGUGUUCUUCUCGGAUACGCCUCUCUCGCAGGUGCUAUUACAUUGGUUGUGUUACUCGGGUUUUUACUUGGGAUUUUGAACUGCAUUGUUCCUUCGACCUGGUGCAUGAACUACUACGCUGGAAAAAGAACCGAUACGGUUCUAAAUUCAGAAACUGAUGGUUUUUUCUCGAAGAAGUUGAGACGAAUGUGUUCUCGGUUAAACCGAGUACCACUUUUUCUAAGAGGACUCGUGAAGCCUAGCUCCAAAUUAGGAAGAUUAGCACUCGGUUUAAUACUCCUUGUAGGAGUUUUCCUCUCAUGUGUAGGCAUCAGUUACAUAUACGGUGGAAGCGGAGCUGUUGUGCCUUACUCAUUCAAAGGUCAUGUAUCUCAGUUCACGUUAGCAACUAUGACUUACGACGCACGUCUCUGGAAUCUCAAAAUGUACGUGAAGCAUUACUCACGAUGCGCUUCUGUGAAAGAGAUUGUUGUCAUAUGGAACAAAGGACCACCUCCUGAAGUGACCGAGCUAGACUCCGCCGUGCCGGUUAGAAUCCGAGUCGAGAAACGAAACUCUUUAAACAACAGGUUCAAUAUAGACCCGUUGAUUAAAACUAGAGCUGUUCUUGAGCUUGACGAUGAUAUAAUGAUGUCUUGCGAUGAAAUCGAGAAGGGUUUUAGAGUUUGGCGUGAACAUCCGGAGAGACUUGUCGGAUUUUACCCUCGUUACGUUGAUGAAACCAUGACUUAUAGUGCGGAGAAAUUCGCGAGGAGUCAUAAGGGUUACAAUAUGAUUCUCACGGGAGCUGCGUUUAUGGACGUUGGUUUUGCGUUUGGUGUGUAUCAAUCGGACAAGGCGAGGAUUGGUCGGGAGUUUGUGGACGAGCAGUUUAAUUGCGAAGACGUUUUGUUGAAUUUCUUGUAUGCGAAUGCGAGUGGUUCGGUGAAGGCUGUGGAGUAUGUGAGACCUUCUGCUUUGGUUCUUGAUACUUCGAAGUUUUCUGGUGUGGCUAUUAGUGGAAACACGAAUCAGCAUUACAGGAAGAGAAGCGAGUGUUUACGGAGAUUCUCUGAGUUGUAUGGAAGCUUGUUUGAUCGGAGGUGGGAGUUUGGUGGUAGAAAAGAUGGGUGGGAUUUGUAG